AGACAGACUGUGAAUCAUCAUCCAGUUCUGCUCUUUUUUUAAACCUGACCUCCGACCUCCAUAUGUCCAUGAAAGAGUGUGAUUAAUCUUUACAUAAAAGUCUAACAAACAGAAAAUCCAAGGCUCCCUUUUGCGAGUUUCACAGUCCUCGCAGUGUCCAGGAUGAGCUCUUUGUAUGCAACUGUUUAAUGGUCGGCCGUUUGAGCAGCAGAACAGAACAGAGCAGUCUGUCGUCCUCUCCAGGUCCAGACGUGAUGGAGAGGUGGAGUGAAAGUGAAAGAGGGAGAGCGGGCGGAGAAAGAAAGUGAUGCCUAAUAACUUCUCUGGGGAGCCAGAAAGUAGGAGGAUGCAGGUUUUGCAUGAGAAAAAAAAGAGAGAGAAGGUGAGAGAGAUAACUAACAGAACACAGUGUGCAGCAAAGCAGGUCGGUCCAGGCUCUCCUACCAGAGACAGAGGGAGGGAGGGAGAUAGAGAUAGAGAGAGAGACAGAGAGAGAGGCAGGGGACUCUGAUGUGGCACCAACCAUGGUGAGGGGAGUCAGACUGACUGGAGGGAAGCUGAGGCUUCACUGUGAUACUGGAGCAGCACUGAGAGCACAGGGAUGCGCAACUGAAGCAGCUGAAAUCUCAGUGUUGAGGGAGAAGCUGUAGAGCACUGCUGCAACACCUCCGAGCUCUCCCACCGUAGAUUUUCUGUAGGGCGCAAGUAGGUGGUUUGCUCCCGACAGCAUAGAGCAGGAACAGCCAGGACAUCUCUAGAAUAUUGUGGAGUUACAGCGCCAGGAAGAGUGGCCGUGGUUUUAUCUUUUCUGAUCCUCUUUGGGGAGUCAACUAAUGGAAACCGUUGUCUGAGAGUCUGCAGCCUUCUCUCCAGUCUGGUGCAAGAUGCCCGUGAUGAAGGGCCUCCUCGCCCCGCAGAACACCUUCCUGGAGACCAUCGCAAACCACUUUGAUGGCACUCACAGUAACUUCCUCCUGGGUAAUGCUCAGGGACGUUACGGCCACCCCAUCGUGUACUGCUCCGAUGGGUUUUGUGAGCUGACCGGCUUUGUUCGGAAUGAGGUGAUGCAGAAAACGUGUACCUGCGGCUUCCUCCAUGGAACCGAAACCAGCGAGAGUGUAAUCCAGCAGGUGGACAAAGCGCUGGAGGGCCAGCAGGAGUACCAGGGAGAAGUGUGCUUCUAUAGGAAAAAUGGGAAUCCAUUUUGGUGCCUCCUGAAUAUCGUGCCAAUUAAGAAUGAGAAAGGUGAGGUGGUGCUGUUCCUCUUGUCCUUCAAGGACAUCAGCGAAUCAUACGGGAAGAGUCAUCACUACAGCCAAGGAGACGGUAUGUCAGAAGCUGCUCAUCAGAGCAGGAAAAGCCACCGGUCACACUUUUCCCAAGCUCGAGCGAGAGGGAGGACUAUCCUGCAACAAGUGACCAACCUGUUCUCCAAGAGGGGCAAGAGAAAACUGGCUGAUAGCGUGUUCCAGAAGCCGUCUCUACCUGAGUACAAGGUUGCGGCCGUGAAGAAGUCACGUUUCAUCCUGCUUCACUACAGCAUCUCGAAGGCCCUCUGGGACUGGCUCAUUCUGCUGGCGACCUUUUACGUUGCCGUCGCCGUGCCGUACGACAUCUGCUUUGUCAGUCCCGACGAGGGCAGCGACCAUCACUCAUUUGUCAGCCGCAGCACUAUAGGCAGUGACAUAGCAGUGGAGAUGCUCUUCAUCCUGGACAUCAUCCUGAAUUUUCGCACCACCUACGUGAGUCAGUCAGGUCAGGUGGUGUACGACGCCCGAUCCAUUUACCUCCAUUACUGCACCACCUGGUUCUUUGUGGAUCUGAUCGCAGCUUUGCCCUUUGACCUUCUCUACGCUUUCAACAUCACAGUGACCUCGCUGGUGCACCUGUUGAAGACAGUUCGACUCCUCCGUCUGCUGCGCCUGUUACAGAAACUGGACCGCUACUCCCAGUACAGCGCUGUGGUCCUGACCCUGCUCAUGUCUGUGUUUGCUCUGCUGGCUCACUGGAUGGCUUGUGUCUGGUACGUCAUUGGACGCAAGGAGAUAGAAAGCAGUGACCCCGUAACCUGGGACAUAGGCUGGCUGCAGGAGCUGGGAAAGCGUCUGGAGACACCGUACAUCAACAGCACCAUGGGUGGGCCCUCCAUGCCCAGCGCCUACAUCGCCUCCCUCUACUUCACCCUCAGCAGUCUCACCAGCGUUGGUUUUGGCAACGUGUGUGCCAACACAGAUGCUGAGAAAAUCUUCUCCAUCUGCAUUAUGCUUAUGGGCGCCCUGAUGCACGCAGUGGUCUUUGGUAACGUGACGGCCAUCAUCCAGCGCAUGUACUCCCGCCGCUCUCUCUACCACACCCGGAUGAAGGAUCUCAAGGAUUUCAUCCGUGUGCAUCGGCUCCCUCAGCAGCUGAAGCAGAGGAUGCUGGAGUACUUUCAAGCCACUUGGUCGGUCAACAACGGCAUCAACGCCAAUGAGCUGCUGCACGACUUCCCAGAUGAACUGCGGGCUGACAUCGCCAUGCACCUCAACAAAGACAUCCUGCAGCUGCCGGUGUUUGAGCGAGCCAGUAGAGGUUGUCUGCGCUCCCUCUCCCUGCACAUCAAGACCUCCUUCUGUGCGCCAGGGGAAUACCUUAUACGCCACGGAGAUGCUCUACAGGCAAACUAUUUUGUCUGCUCGGGUUCCCUGGAGGUUCUUAAAGAUGGAAUGGUGCAGGCCAUCCUUGGCAAAGGGGAUCUUAUUGGGGCUGACCUUCCGGGUCACGGCCAGGUGAUCAAGACAAAUGCAGAUGUGAAGGCGCUGACCUACUGUGACUUGCAGUACAUCAGUGUGAGAGCCUUGAGGGAGGUCCUCGAGCUGUACCCAGAGUAUGGCAGCCGGUUCAGCUCUGACAUCCAUCACAACCUCACCUACAACCUGAGGGAGGGCAGUGAAGCUGACGGAGUAAAGAAGUUCCCAUGGUCCUCCAGGCAGUCUCAGGCUCAUGCGUCUAUGGACCAUAAACUUCCCUUCAUUAUCGAGGCAGAUGAUGAAGAAAAUGGAGAAGACGUGAGACACUCUCAGCAGAGGAGAGUGCCUCUGCUGCAUGGAGUGGGCAGCCCUGUUCGCCAGCCCUGCCUCAGCACCCUGCUAGGGGAGGAGUUCCGCCACAUCAACGUGCUCCGCCUCUGUCGAUCACCUGUUCAGGACGGUCGAGGAAGCAGCCCCUCUCCUCAGCCAUUCGCCAGUGAGGAGCAGUGUCCGUCUCCUUUGCCCAGGUUCACCAGUGAUGUGGGCUUCAACCAUCGGCCCACCAGGUUACUCAUGCCAUCCUUACCUUGUGUCAGUCCCCUGAACCUCAGCCCCAGGGUCGUGGAUGGAAUUGAGGACAACGGUCACACAUUUCAGUUUAAUGUAGAGCAGAGCGAGACAAAGACUAAUGUAACAGAUCGGUUCCAGGUGAAUGCUAACCUGCUUCUGGAGACUGAGGAAGUGAGACAGAACAUCAGCAAACUGAACAAAGAGGUGAACAACUUGAACCAAGAAGUAUCCAACCUGGCCAAGGAGCUUCACAACAUAAUGCAUUUCCUGCCGUCCCAUAUGGCCAUGCUCCAUUAUACUCCUCCUGUCUCCACAUAUUCCUAUACCACACAGAUGACUCCAAGUCCUAGUGUGACUGCUUCCAGCAACUGGCAACCCCAUGUCCCUUUAAACAUCGCCACAGGGCUGCACCUCCAUCACGAAGCAAUCAGCCACCCUGCCAGAAAUGUGUGGGGCUGCAGUGGGAUGUCCUCCCAGGGCAGAAGUCCCACCUUGCUGCGCUCUUCAAGCCCGAUGUCGUCCUGCUUACACCUGUGCUGCUCUGACAGAGAAGGAGCUGCCGCACACAGGUUGCAGAGCCCGUGUGGCACCUUCCAAACCUCCAGAACAACUCCGAACUCUCCCUACAUGACCCACCCGCAUGCUCAGGGAGGUCCGUCCCUCCUGGCCCUCAGCUCUGCCUUCAGCAGCUUCCCGGGGAUUUGUCAGGCUCCGCAGGUGGGUUACAAUGCAACUAUCCCCACGAUGAGCAACUCUCACUCUCUGUGCUCCACAGUCAAUUCUGGCUACUCCCUUCCAUCACUGACUGUUCAAACCAACUCAGAUCCCGCACAUCAGACCGGCUCCCAGACACCCAUCCACUCCUCCAUCACUCCCGUUGGCCAGCCGCAGUAUCACACCACCUUCAGCGCUCUCUCCUCUUCUGGAGUCCACAUGUCGGUCUGCACGGGGCACAGUCAGAGCCUGCAGGGCUCCAUCAGCGGUCCCAGGCUGAAUGACCCUGUAGGAUCCAGCCCUGUCCGCCACACACAGGACCCUGCAUGUUCCCUGCUGGGGCAGGCGAUGGCCAGAGACUGUAGAGCUCCACUGUAUCAUGAGACGACGGACAAUAUUGAAUUUCUCGGUAUGAGCAACAGCACUUUAACUGUAGAAGUUCAACCACCUCACUUGGACAUGGAGGAAACACAGAUCCUGCACUGAUGACCUCUGUGUUUUGUUGUGUUACUCUAUGAUAGUGAUGAAUUUGUACCUUUAAAGACUUUCAGUGUUUUCAAGUUCCACCAAAUAGAAUACACAAACCUCUGCAGACACCCUAUCACCACCUCUGAAUACAACUUAAAUUUGUUUAUUGCUUACUGGUCUGCAGAGACAGUAAACAGAUAAAUAUUCACCCAGACAUGCACCAGUCACUCUCUCUCUCUCUUUAGUGUUUCAUUUUAUAUUUAUAAAAACAAACAGUUUUUUACUAUAAGGCAUUAUAUCUGCUAUCACCACAGAGUUUAUACCAGCCCAGUGUGACCAGGCUUCAGAUGCAGGUCAUGAGUUACGGGUACGCAGCGCCACUCAGUGGUGAGAGUCAGGCGGAACAGCAAACGGCUCAUACUCCUUCAGAGGAGAACACUUGAAUAGGAUAUUCAUGUGAUUAUUCACCUUGAAACCAAGUACAGAUGUACAGUCAUUGAUAGAUUUUAUUUAUUCAUCUAUUUAUUUUUACUUUUUUAUUGCAGCUAUUUAAAAAAAAAAAACCCAUGUGAGCGCUCAGCAGAUGGAGGACGAGGCAUGGCUGACAUUGUUUGAUAUUUUGAGUUUUUAAGGUGCUUAACUUUUUUUUUUUCUACUUUUUCUUUUUCUUUUAAUUUGUGGAGGAAACACUUACAGAAUAGUCAUGGAGCAAUUCAUAGUCCUUCAGUAUACUUCACACAGCAGUCCUUCACAAUGCACCUGUUGCAAUCAGUAUACAUAUUAACAUGAAGGAGAAGGCAGCAUGGUAAGAAGCCUGUAAUUCCCACAUCUCUCCCUCACAGCUGAACUCCUGAACCUUUGACCAUAAUAAGAUUCUCAAACAGUGUGAAAACCUUCGCUGUGUGUGUCAUACACUUACGGUUGACUUAAUUUGCAACAUGAGCAAGUUUUUAACUUAGGAAAGAAGAUACUGAGGAUGGUGCUCUAUGACCUGUCUUCACCAACACAAACGUGUAUACUCACCACACAGGCCUCCUCUUUGUAACCCUGAAGCUCUGAAGUGUUGGCUGUAAUUCUGAUGUACGCUAGUAUUAGCAUGGUAAUUGUAAACACAAAGAACAAACAGGUGAUCGACAGGGUCGCGCAAGCAGAAAAAAGUGUUGUGUUUUUUGGUUGAAAGAAGCAAAUUUUAUUUUUGCACAAAAGAUGAAUUAUAACAUCCCCUGGAUCAUAAUGUUCGUUAGAAACAUAAUGGUCUACCAUCUACAUUAUUCUAGGCUGCAUGCUUCGUUGUGUCAUCUGCCAGCGUGAAUGUCUCUCAGACUCAAAACAUAGACUUAGACUGUCUGCUUAACUGAUACAUUUUGGAAAAGUUUUUUUUUUUCUUUUCUGCAAUAGAUUCAUUAAAAUGACUCAUAGAGACCUC